AUGGAUCCAUUACUUGUGAUAUUAAGCAUUGCCUCUGUCGGGUCAGUUUACAUGAUAUGGUUCUAUAUGCUGGCUCGAACCCUUACUGGUCCGAAAGUUUGGCCAUUCGUGGGCAGUCUCCCCGGUUUGUUUAAAAACCGGAGGCGAUUCCACGAAUGGGUUUGUGGGAACCUAAGGGAGACUGGCGGUGCGUGUACUUACCAGACGAGCACAAUUUGCAUACCUUUCUUGGCACGCAAACAAGGGUUCUACACUGUCACGUGUCAUCCGAAGAACAUUGAGCAUAUUCUGCGUACCCGAUUCGAUAACUACCCGAAGGGCCCGACCUGGCAAACCGCUUUCCAUGAUUUGCUUGGACAGGGUAUCUUUAAUAGCGACGGAGAAACGUGGUUGAUGCAGAGGAAAACUGCUGCGCUUGAGUUCACGACCAGGACUCUAAGACAGGCCAUGGCUCGAUGGGUUAACCGGACUAUAAAGACACGGUUAUGGUGCAUUUUGGAGCAAUCUGCUGCCCGUCGCAUCCCUGUUGAUUUGCAGGAUUUGCUAUUACGAUUGACAUUCGAUAACAUAUGUGGGCUGACAUUCGGGAAGGAUCCAGAAACUCUGUCUCUUAACCUACCAGAGAAUCCAUUUGCAAUAGCUUUCGACUCUGCAACAGAAGCCACCCUACAAAGAUUACUUUACCCUGGAUUUCUCUGGCAACUGAAAAAGAUCAUUGGUUAUGGAGCCGAGAAUCGUCUCCAAAAGAGUUUACAAGUCGUUGAAUCUUACAUGAACGAAGCUCUAAUCGCUCGGAAGGAAAACCCAUCCGACGAUCUCUUAUCACGUUUCAUGAAAAGAAGAGACAUAGCCGGGAAUCCAAUCGAAGCCCCCUUAUUAAAACGCAUAGCUUUAAACUUUGUUCUAGCUGGUCGUGACACAUCAUCCGUCGCUCUAAGUUGGUUCUUCUGGUCAGUAAUGAACAACCCACGAGUUGAACAAAAAAUCAUAGACGAAAUCAAAACAGUCUUGAGUAUCACUCGUGGAAACGACACAUGUGCAUGGAUUUCAGACCCAUUAGUCUUCGAUGAAGCUGAUAAGUUAGUUUACCUAAAAGCUUCUUUAGCAGAGACCUUAAGGUUAUACCCAUCUGUACCACAAGAUUUCAAAUACGUGGUGUCUGAUGACGUAUUGCCAGAUGGAACCCAUGUGCCAGCUGGAUCAACGGUAACAUAUUCUAUAUAUUCAGUUGGUCGGAUGAAGACCAUUUGGGGAGAUGAUUGUUUGGAAUUUAAACCUGAAAGGUGGUUAUCGGUUGAAGGAGACCGGUUUGAAAUGCCAAAAGAUGGUUACAAAUUUGUGGCGUUUAAUGGCGGUCCAAGGACAUGUCUUGGCAAGGAUUUGGCGUAUCUGCAAAUGAAGUCGGUUGCUUCGGCGGUGCUGCUUCGUUACCGGCUGAUUCCAGUUCCCGGUCAUCUAGUUGAGCAAAAGAUGUCACUUACUCUGUUUAUGAAGAAUGGGUUAAAAGUUUAUUUGCUGCCACGUCAACUGGAUGGGCCCCAUGAUGACGUGUCUGCAUAAACAUGUUUGAUUUCAGUG